UUUUUCUAGUAAUAAACUAUAAAAAAGAUACCGCAAUCACGUCCCUAGCACGUAUAGCUCCUCUGUGUUCGAAAUUUUCUGUUAAGAAUAAAAAUAAAAUUUAACAUAAAGCUAAAAGAGGAAUUCGAUAUUAAUUAUUGAAUCGUAUGGAUUUUAUUAUUAUAACCAGAUAAAAUAAAUUCACAGUAUCUAAAAUGCAAUCAAGUGCGAGUGCACAACAAUUAUUAAUAGAUCCAAAUGUAGAUUUUCCACCAGAAUUACUAACAAAACCGCAAGCAUUAAUUGGAUUUAGCGGCUUGGAUACAGUAAAUAAUGCAAUACAUAAGACAAUAUGGUGUGAUUUUCGUACAAAUGAUAAAAUGCAACGUGUUCCCGUUCAAUAUAAAUUAUUAAGUAAUGCUCAUGUAUUUCCUGUAGUAAAACCAAAACGUAAUACAUAUGAAUGGUAUAUACCAAAAGGUAUUAUCAAACGUAACUGGAUGAAUAAACAUUUAAAUCAAAUACCAGCUGUAAUUGUUAUCUUUUACGAUAUGGAUUGGAAUGAUGUUAAUUGGAAUGAAAAGUUAAUUGAAUGUUCAUCUAGAGUACAAUCGAUGAGAGCUGCCGUAAAUGGUCGAAAUAUUCGUAUAGUUGUGGUCUUAAUACAACAAAUAGCGCCACAAGUACCAGCUACAGAUGAUUUAAUAGCUACUGAUCGUGCUGCCAUAUUAUGUUCAACUUGUGAAAUAAGCUCAGAACAUUUAUUUAUACUCCUGCCACAUGACAACCAUUUAAUUGGAUAUAUAUCACGAUUAGAAAAUGCAUUUUAUGAUUUAGCUCAAACAUAUUAUCAACAAUUAACAAAAAAUAUAAAAACACAUCGUGAACAUUUAAAUAAAACAAUGCAUCAAUCAUUAUACGUACGAUAUGAAUUCAAAAUGGGUUUCUUAUCAGAAUUAAAACAAGAUUAUCAUACCUCACAUAAACAUUAUACGUAUGCAUAUAAUCAUUUACAAGAGAUACGUAUUGUUGAUACGAAUGCAUAUGAAAUUAAAACGAUUGCUGGUUAUAUUAAUUAUAAAUUAUGUCGUAUAUUAUUUACGUUACGUUUACCACGUGAUUCAAUAUCACAAUUUAAAGCGCAUAUUGAUUAUUAUAAAUCACGUUCAUUUGGUUUUAAACAAUUACAAUUUGAACAUUAUGCGUGGUUAUCGAAACAAUUUAGUACAUUUGGUGAUUUAUUUUACGAAGUCAUACAUUUAUUUCCUGUUGUUCAAACACAACAUCCUGGUUUUUAUUAUCAACAAGCUGCACAUUACGCAAAAUUACGUCAACAAGAAGUGUUUAAAAUUUCUAAAAAUUUAAAUGUAACAGCAAGUCCAACAACAAAUUCAGCCAAUUCUCCAACCAUAAAUGAAUUUUAUGGUCAAAGAACUUGGUGUAAUAGGCCUGGUGAACAACCAAUAGAUCCAUUAAUUGAACAAGAACAUAUUCAACAGUUACAAUUACAAGAAAUUAAUACCAUCAAUCAUUCAAAUAUAAUUAUAAAUUUAUAUGGCUCAGCAAUAUUUCACUUUAAAGCAAAUAAAUGUCCACGUAUGCGUACAGCUGUUGUUGUACAAAUGGCUGAUGAAUAUUGUUUAAUAAAAGAUUAUGGUAAAGCGCUCACGUUAAUAACACAUAUGUUACGAGAUUACCGUUCAGAAAAAUGGUUUACAAUAUUAACAAAUUUAUUAAAAAGGACAAUAGAAUGUGCUUUGUAUACUGGAAACAUUGAAGAUUUUAUUACUUAUUCAAUUGAGAUAUUAUCAACGAGUAUAUCUGUGGACGAACAAUAUAAGUUAUUAUGUUACAAAUAUUUAUUGAAUGUUUUAAGUAAACAAACAAUAUCAACAAAUAUCAAUGAAGAAAUGCCAUUAUCAUUAACUGAUAAUCAAAUAAUUGAUAUAUGGAAACCAGUACAUGCCAAAGUCGAACCAACAGUAAUUAAUGUAGAAAUGAAUAAAUUAAGUGUUUGUAUGCAAGUAAAAGCAAGAUUUACGAAAAAUACAUACUCAGUCAACGAAAUUGUUCAUGUAGAAGUUUAUUGUAGAUGCCGUACUUCAAUUAACAUAGCAUUUUCAAAAAUAUCAAUCAUAAUAAAUAGUCCAAAUUAUAAUAUUGAAUUAUUUGAAUCAAAACCAUCGCAGCAAGAAAAUGUAGAUGCAUUAAAUUUUGAACCAAACGAAACAAAAUUAUAUAUAUUUGAAUUCAAACCAAGUAUGUUGGAUGCUGGUAAAGAAAUACAGAUAAGUGGAGUAAACUUAUAUUUAGGUGGUAAUGGUAAUAGAGAAGCAAAAUUAAUAUAUUCCGGUACAAAUAAUGAAAUAUAUUCAGCAGAUAAUACACAUACAGAAUUCGAAUCAUUUAAUUAUAAAAAUAAUCAAUUAAAAACAAAAUCACAUGAGUUUUAUAAUAUUAAAGCAUCUACUCAAUGUUUUAUAUCAUAUUCAAAUAAAUCAUACUUAAAUUUAAUUAUUGAUCAUCAACCACCAAUAUUGAUUGGUGAAUGGUAUUCAAUUAAUAUUUAUUUAUCAAAUGAUCGUAAUCAUCUACAACAUCAAGAUGAAUUUAUCGAUGAAAAAUAUGAUAUUGUUGAUGUUAAUUUAGAGAUACAAUAUAAAUCGGAUUUACCACCAUCUAAUAAGUGUAUAUUAUUUAGAAUAACGCUGAAUAAUAAUAAUACAAGUAAUAAUGAUGGAUAUAUUGUGUUGAAAGAAUUAGGUAUUCAAUUACAUUUAGAUGUACCACCAUAUGGUAUUGUUUUAAAACCAAUGUAUAUUACGUAUUCGUUGUAUAAUAAUACUCAACAGUUUAUACAAUUGGAUAUUCAUAUGGAUACCACUGAUGCAUGUAUACAAUUUAUGUUUUCUGGUUACAAACAGAAGCAGAUAUCAAUACUUCCGUUUAAUGAAUAUGUAUUUAAAUAUACAUUAUAUCCGUUAGUAUCGGGAAAAGUUAUGUUACCAAAAUUACGUUUAAUGUUAAUAUCAGAUCAACAAAAUGAUGUACAAAUACCGAAUCCAGUCAUAACACAAAGCCAUUUGGAUGAUAUGAUAUCACGCCAUUUACAAAGUGAAAUAUACAUAUUGCCUCAAAUUCGUGGAAACUCGAAAGCCGAGUGCUAAAAAUUUAUAUUUCAUUAAUGUUGUAUUACUAAUAUGAGUAGGAGUAUAUCGAAAUAAAAAAUACUAAAUAAGUUCCGGAUAAAAUGUGCUGUUAAACAUUUGUUAUCGUAAAAAGAAAUUAA